CAAACAGAUCUGACUUUCCUACUGGCUACUUCCAAUUCUCAUACGAGAAUUUCACAGAGAAAUUUACAGAGACUGUUGUUCGUGGUGGAUUUUCUUCUUCAGGAGAGAAAAUAGUUCGAUUUCAAGAGGGAAAAUUGCGGAGAUGGAAGCAGUAGAGAGUCAACUGAUGCAGAAAAUGGCGAGAAUCUUUGACGAGGCCCGAACUUCGUACGCCACGCAUAACCGGAAACUCAAGGAGCUCGCCGCAAUCCGAUCGAAAGUAGCGUCCAUUCACCAAUUCUCCGCCGCGUUUGCCAAAACCCUAACACCUCUCUUCCAGGUACAGCGCCGGACCGCCUCCGCCGAGCGCGUCGUCCGCUUCGUCUCUGUCUUCACUGGCAUCCGUGGCCCUGAGAACAUCUCUGCUUGCGAAGUGUUCUUGGAGGAUUUCUUGAGAUUUCUUCUCGUAGGUGCCGGGGCCGCCAAUAAAACUGCGAGGUUCAGGUGUUGCCAGAUCAUAUCCGAGAUCAUAUUGCGGUUGCCUGAUGAUACUGAAGUAAGCAAUGAACUUUGGGAUGAUGUGAUAGAAUGUCUGAGGUUGCGAGUGGGGGAUAAGGUUCCUUUAAUCCGAACCUUUGCAGUUAGGGGGCUUUCACGCUUUCUUAACGAUUCUGAGAACAUGGACGUCCUUGAUUUGCUUCUGGAGGUGCUACCGUUGGAACAGAAUGCGGAGGUUCGCAAGGCAAUUGUCUUAUCAUUGCCUCCUUCAAAUUCAACUUCGCAAGCAAUUAUUGACGCUACGCUAGAUGUUAGCGAGUACGUGCGUAAAGCAGCAUAUUGUGUUCUGGCCAAUAAGUUUCCUCUUCAGAGUCUAAGCAUCAAGCUUAGGACAAUUAUUCUUCAAAGAGGACUUGUGGAUCGUUGUGUAGCUGUUUCAAACGAAUGUUUAAAGUUAAUGAAAGAUCAGUGGCUCACUAAGAGUUGCAAUGGGGACCCUGUAGAACUUCUCAAGUAUCUUGAUGUUGAGACAUAUGAAUCAGUUGGAGAGUCAGUCAUGGUGGCUUUGUUAAGUUCUGGUUCAGUAAAAUUGCAUGAAUGUGGAAGUAUCCAACAAUACAUAUCAUCAGCCUGUGAUCAAAAUGGAGGGAGUUCUACGCUUAGCACGCUCAGCAUCCAGCUAAUGGAACCAGAGGUUGCUCUCUAUUGGAGGACUCUAUGCAGGCAUUUGCAAAUGAAAGCACAAGAAAAAGGUUCUGAUGCGGCAGCUACGAUGGGCACUGAAGCAGCAGUAUAUGCAGCAGAAGCUUCGGAUAACAAUGAUCUACUGGAGCAGAUUCUGCCUGCAACAGUUUCUGACUAUGUUUCUUUGGUCAAAGCCCAUAUAGAUGCUGGACCAAAUUACCGCUUCGCGUCAAGGCAACUAUUAUUGAUUGGUUCAAUGCUUGAUUUUUCUGAUGUCACAAUCAGGAAGGUUGCCAGUUCGUUUGUGCAGGACUUGCUGCAAAUGCCCCUUGAGCAUGAAAUCGAUGAAAAUGGUAACAACAUCAUCAUAGGAGAUGGAAUUAACCUUGGUGGUGACAAAGAUUGGGCUGGUGCUGUGUCUGUACUAGUACGUAAAGUUCACGCUGCUGCUGGCGAAUUUGAAGAAAUUCUUCUUGGAGUUGUUGAAGAGCUAGCUAAACCUUGCAGGGAAAGGACGGCAGACUUCAUGCAGUGGAUACACAGCCUUGCCAUAACUGGCUUACUUUUAGAGGGUGCAAAAUCACUUCGUUGGAUCCAAGGAAAGGCUACAGACUCUGCUGAAAUUCUACAUACUUUAUUGCUUCCAGCUGCAAAACAUGUUCACUUGGAUGUACAAAGGAUUGCUAUUAGGUGCCUUGGUCUUUUUGGUUUACUGGAGAACAAGCCUAGUGAGGAGCUUGUAAAGCAGUUAAGACUCUCUGUUACUAAAGGUCCUCCCCCAAUUAGUAUAAUGGCAUGCAAAGCACUAAUUGAUCUUGGGAUGUGGCAUGGUCCUCAGGAGGUUGACAAGGCCAUGGGAAAGGACCUGUUGUCUCAGUUUGAAAAGGAUAACUUGGAAUAUAGUCCUGUGAACUUUUCUGAUGCAGAUGGAGAUCUGGAUGUCAAAUUACUUGAUCUCUUAUUCUCUGGAUUAGAGGAUAAUGACUGGAAUGAGUCAUCAGAAAGUCAUGACAAUGAGUCAGUUCGGGCCAUCCUUGCGGAGGGAUUUGCAAAAUUUCUUCUUCUAAGUGAGAAGUACCCAAGCAUAUCAGCUUCUUGUCACCCCGUGCUCUUAGCAAAGCUCAUAACCAUUUAUUUCAGUGAUGAGUCGAAAGAACUGCAAAGAUUGAAACAGUGCUUAUCUGUUUUCUUUGAGCACUAUGCUUCCCUCUCAAUGAAUCAUAAGGAGUGUGUCUCCAGGGCUUUUCUUCAUGUAAUGCGCUCUAUGUGGCCUGGCAUCAAUGGCAAUCCUGGAGGUUCACCAGCUGUGGUCUCAAAAAUGCGUAAGCGUGCAGUACAAGCUUCAAAGUUUAUGCUGCAGAUGAUACAGGCUCCAUUAUAUAUAAAAGAGACUGAGGUAGAGAACGAAGCCCAUAACAGUGAUUUGCCAGAAACCAUAGAUAACUGUAUGCAAUAUUCACUUGAAUGUGGUGAAGAGGGACUUGCAAUACGCAUAGCUACUGAGGUGGGAAGCUUCCAUGCAAAGAAGACACCUGCAGAGAGGGCAUAUGUCUCAGCAUUGUGCAAAAUACUUGGUUCACUCCAUUUCCAAUCAUCAGACCAAGAAGCAAUAAAGCUCAUGCGUAGGCUCUUAUCUAGUGUAAUUGAAUCUGUCUCAGCUGAGAAAGAUCUUCUGAAGGAGUUAAAGUGGAUGGCUGAACGUCUCAGUUCUGCAGAUACACAUCCGGAUCAGACACUUUUGCAAGACCAAGCUAACUCUAUUUUUGGGAGGUUAGGUGUAGACUUCAAAUUGGAUGUUGAAAGCACACCACCAGCAGUGCCAGAAACACCAGCUGCGCGCUCCACAAGACAAACUCGCUCAAGGAGACCCAUGAAGCAUGAAGAAACAUCCUCCGAUGAAGAAGACUCGCCAGCCACUGUUCAAUUUGCAGCUGCCACUACUCCUGGCAUUGCAAUGACUCGCUCUCAAAGGGCAAGCAAAACGGCAGCAUUAUCCAGAAUGACUUCCAGUAGAGCCGUGGAGAUUGAUGAAGAAGAAGAAGAAGAAGAGGGCUCAGAGGUGACAUCUGAUGGUUCUGAUGAAUCUGAGCAAUUAUCUGAAUGAUGAAGUUAUGACAUUCAUCCAACUGUCACAUGUUAUAUUGUUUUGCCUUGUAAUUAGGCUGCACGAUUUUGUACAGAUUGAUUAUCGAGGGUUUCAUUUGAUUGAUCUGCAACUAGAAGAAUCAAUCAUGUAAGUCAUACGAGACUAUUAUAUCCUAUUUAUUUAUAAUUUAGUAGUCGAUGAUAUAAUGAAUUGACUAUCUUAACCGGA